AUUGGCGGCAGAUUCUCUACUUCCGCGUGAUGCAAUGUUUUGGUUUAAAGACUGGGAUACUCUGGUGUUGAGGGGCUGGCUGGUGAGAAAGGUGAAAAGGAUCCCCAUUAGCUGGUUGCCGCAACAACCCACUCGUGUUCCUGGGGUCCACAAACUCACUACAAUUACAAGUAAAAGCAUCGCCACCACACAAGUCGCACAAGAGGAUAACGAUGCCAUGGAGGCCACAGGAAGAAUGGUGCUUGACAUCUGCUGGCUUCUGGUCCUGCUGACAGAAGUCCACCUGGAGUUCAUCCACGUCCCUUCGACCAUCCGCCACGGCAUCGAGGGGAAGUCUCUGGACUUGCCCGUGGAGACGCACUUCCAGUUGGACCAGGCUGAGAUCCAGGGGACUUGGUCCCACACCAGCACCGACGGCAUCAGGACCACGCUGGUGAGCUUCACCAAAGAGUCCACCAUCAUGGACAUGACGCACCGCAACCGCAUCCUCUUCAGAGAGCCCAAUGUGUCCUUGCUGAUACGGAGAUUGAACCUGCGCGACGAGGGGGAUUACCAGCUGAACCUCAAUAUAAAGUUUCAUAACAAGACCGGGGAAGUCUUCAGGGAGGAGAGGACGGUCCAUGUAACAGUGGACGUUCCUGUCUCCACCCCGGUCAUUGAGAAGAACCCGGCACACGCCGUGGUUGAGGACCAGGCCAACGUUACCUGGACCUGUUCAGUGGAGAGAGGAACCAGGGUCGCGUUUCAGUGGCUCAGAGACAAUGUCCCUGUGGGUGUGGGCGACAGGUACCACUUCUCCGAAGACAAAUCCACACUGCUGAUCAGUCCCGUGCGAAAGGAGGACAGGGGGAGUUACAGCUGUGUGGUCAACAACACCGUCAGCCAGGAGCGACGCAGCAGUGCCGGGGAACUCCUCGUUUACUAUGGUCCUUACAACCUGGAGGUGAACUCGGACCAAGGCCUGCGGACCGGGGAGGUGUUCACCAUCAACCCCGGAGAACUGGUCUUCUUCCACUGCCGGGCCGACUCCUACCCUCCCAACUCCUUCGUUUGGAUCUCCAAGCGCCGCAACGCCACCCGGGUCAUCACCGAGGGCCCGCGCCUGGAGGUCCUCUCCUACAGACUGGCCCAGGCCGAGGACUACCUGUGCCGGGCCUUCAACAACGUGACCCGGAAGCGAGACGAGGCCCGGUUCACCCUGGUGGUGGCCAGCUUGGGCACAGGCAAGGAGAAGCACACCCAGGAGGGUAGUUCGGUUUCCCCGCUGGCGGCUAUCACGCUCUGCUCCUUCCUCAUCAUCGGCUGCAUGCUGCUGGUCUUUUUCCGGAAAGCUUGUCACCCAAAGAGAGUGCUCAUGAGCAUUUACAAGAGACCACUCUCCGAUCAGAAGCGACCACAUCGAUCAGGUCAUGAGGAUGCUACCGAAGACUUUGGCAUAUAUGAGUUUGUCUCCAUACCUGGGAAAAUGGACUCUGCCCAGGCGUCAUGUCGAUCUCUGGCUCGCCUGGAGUCCGUGCAGGACAUGCACACCACAAUCUACGACGUGAUCCGACACGUUCCCGAGACUCCCGGACAGAGUUUGCUAAAAUGACUUUAAAAAAUAAUAAUAAUUUAUACUGUUUGUAAAGAAUCCCUCACUAUUUUUGCACCAGAGACGUGUGAGUGCACAUGCUGAUUGUGCAAUAAGGUAGAUCAUUUAUGAAAUUAUUUGUAUUUAAUAUUUAAGAUCGCAAUGGCCAUGACAUAACGAGAAUGCAAUCAGAUCCCCUCUUUUCUGACUUACCGUCAUUUUUGGACUAUAAGGCGCACUUGAAAUCCUUUCAUUUUCUCAAAAAUCCACAGUGCGCCUUAUAACCCGGUGCACAUAAUGUACGGAAUCAUUCAGCUUGUGCUUACCGACCUCAAAGCAAUUGUAUUUGGUACAUGGUGUAAUGAUUGGUGUGACCAGUAGAUCUCACAUAAGAGAUAUGUGUAGACUGCAAUAUGACGCCAGUAAACAACAACACUUUAAAUGUUCCAUUGAAAAGAAAAAAACAUUACACACGGUACUCAAAAAUCCGUCAAAAAUGUUUGAAGCCGUGCCACCAUUACACCCGCUCAUCGGCAGUGCGCCUUAUAAUCCGGUCCGCCCUAUGGUCCCCAAAAAAAUAUGGUUUAAAUGUUGUUACAAUGUUGGAUACUCGUGUUGAAAAAUGCCAAGGUGUCAAAUUAUAAGUGUGGAGGAGGGCGUGGCCUUCCGUGGAACAAGGAGUGCCAGGACCGGCCUCAAAGACAGCAAGACAGGUGCGUAGAUGGCCCAGGUGGGCCUUGUUAUCUAAACACCUUUCACCUUUAUUAGCAGCAGCUGUGAUGAGACGAGUAGUGGGAGUUGGAGGUGCUGCUGAGCGGACGCAGGAGAGAAAGACAGUUUGCUGGAAAGCAAAAUACUUUUCAGCAGAAUGUAGAGGUUGCCAUCUAGUGGGUUCUUCAGACCACCACACACUGCCAGGAGAGCCAGGAACUGUUUUAUUUUCAUGGAAUAGUGCAAAGUUCGGGAAAAACAGUGGCAGAGGGGUUAGUGCAUGUGCCUCACAAUACGAAGGGCCCGAGUAGUCCUGAGUUCAAUCCCGGGCUCGGGAUUGAUUCUUUUUGGAGUUUGCAUGUUGUCCCCGUGACUGCGUGGGUUCUCUCCGGGUAGUCCGGUUUCCUCCCACCUCCAAAGACAUGCACCUGGGGAUAGGUUGAUUGGCAAUACUAAAUUGGCCCUAGUGUGUGAAUGUAAGUGUGAAAAUUGUCCGUCUAUCUGUGUUGGCCCUGCGACGAGGUGGCGACUUGUCCAGGGUGUACCCCGCCUACUGCCCGAAUGCCGCUGAGAUAGGCUCCAGCACCCCCCGGGACCUCAAUAAGGGACAAGCGGUAGAAAAUGGAUUGAUGUUUGAAGCUGUAUAACCAUUACACCUGCUCAUCGGCAGUGCGCCUUAUAAUCCAGUCCGCCCUAUGGUCCCCAAAAAAAAACGGUUUAAAUGUUGUUACAAUGUUGGAUACUCGUGUUGAAAAAUGCCAAGGUGUCAAAUUAUAAGUGUGGAGGAGGGCGUGGCCUUCCGUGGAACAAGGAGUGCCAGGACCGGCCUCAAAGACAGCAAGACAGGUGCAUAGAUGGCCCAGGUGGGCCAUGUUAUCUAAACACAUUUCACCUUUAUUAGCAGCAGCUGUGAUGAGACGAGUAGUGGGAGUUGGAGGUGCUGCUGAGCGGACGCAGGAGAGAAAGACAGUUUGCUGGAAAGCAAAAUACUUUUCAGCAGAAUGUAGAGGUUGCCAUCUAGUGGGUUCUUCAGACCGCCACACACUGCCAGGAACUGUUUAAUUUUCAUGGAAUAGUGCAAAGUUCGGGAAAAACGGUGGAAGAGGGGUUAGUGCAUGUGCAUCACAAUACGAAGGUCCUGAGUAGUCCUGAGUUCAAUCCCGGGCUCGGGAUUGAUUCUUUGUGGAGUUUGCAUGUUCCCUCCGUGACUGCGUGGGUUCCCUCCGGGUAGUCCGGCUUCCUCCCACCUCCAAAGACAUGCACCUGGGGAUAGGCCCCUCCCACCUCCAAAGAAAUGCACCUGGGGAUAGGUUGAUUGGCAACACUAAAUUGGCUCCAGUGUGUAAAUGUAAGUGUGAAAGUUGUCCGUCUAUCUGUGUUGGCCCUGCGACGAGGUGGCGACUUGUCCAGGGUGUAACCCGCCUUCCGCUCGAAUGCCGCUGAGAUAGGCUCCAGCACCCCUCGCGACCCCAAAAGGGACAAGCGGUAGAAAAUGGAUGGAUGGAUUUUUGAUGCCGUACUACCAUUACACCUGCUCAUCGGCAGUGCGUCUUAUAAUCCGGUCCGCCCUAUGGUCGAAAAAAAUACGGUUUAAAUGUUGUUACAAUGUUUAGUAGUCAUGUUGAAAAAUGCCGAGGUGUCAAAUUAUAAGCGGGAGGGGGGGGGGUCUGCUGGGCCCGCCGCGGAAUGGCGCGUGCUAGGACCGGCCUUGAAGACAGUGUGACAGGUUCGUAGAUGGUACAGGUGGGCCUUGUUAUCUAAUCACCUGUCGCCUUUAUUAGCAGCAGCCGUGAUGAGACGAGUUGUGGGAGAUGGAGGUGCUGCUGAGUGGACGCAGGAGAGGAAGACAUUUUGCUGGAAAGCAAAAUGUAGAGGUUGCCCUCUAGUGGGUUCUGCAUUGGUGGGGGACAUCUCUGCGCUGCUGACCCAUCUCCGCUGGGGAUGGUCUCCUGUUGGCCCCACCAUGGACUGGACCCUCACUAUUAUGUUAGAUCCACUAUGGACUGGACUUUCACAAUAUAAUGUUAGACCCACUCGAUGUCCAUUGCAUCCGGUCUCCCCUAGAGGGGAGUGGGGGGGGGGUCACCCACAUCCGCGGUCCUCUCCAAGGUUUCUCAUAGUCAUUCACAUUGACAUCCCACUGGGUUGUGAGUUGUUCCUGAACCGAGGAUGUCGUUGUGGCUUGUGCAGUCCUUUGAGACACUUGUGAUUUAGAGCUAUAUAAAUAAACAUUGAUUGAUUGAUUGAUUGGUUCUUCAGACCACCACACACUCCCAGGAGAGCCAGGAACUCCGGGUAUAACACUGUUUUAUUUUCAUAGUAUAGUACAAAAUCUUUUGUUUUCCAGGAAACUGUCUUUCUCGCCUGCGUCCGCUCAGAAGUACCUCCAUCUCCCACUACUCGUCUCAUCACGGCUGCUGCUAAUAAAGGCGACAGGUAAUUAAAUAACAAGGCCCACCUGGGCCAUCUACGCACCUGUCGCUGUCUUCGAGGCCGGUCCUGGCACACCCCGUUCCGUGCAGGCCCGCAGGCCACGCCCCCCUCCACAAUAAGUUUCAUACAUUUUGCCGUCAGCCAGCAAUCUGUUUUAUUAAUGCCUCAGUUCUUAUUUGGACAUUAAGUCAAGCUUUUAGCGGCUAUUUUUUGUAUGAAUCGAUCUGUGUGCCGGUGUACCUAUUGUUGUGGCCGGGUGAAUCUGCUUAAUGUUUAUGAUGUUUUUUACUUUUUCUGCUGUCUGGAGAAAAAAAACAAAACAGCGGAGACAACUUCAAGAUAUAUAAUUCAAACUAAGUACAUUUUCAAAAGAUACAUUGAUAGUUUUGAAAUGGGCGGGGUGUGGUUUCAUUUGCAAUCUGCGAACAUCUUGCAAAAAAACUCAAAACACGGCUUAGAGAAGAAAAAAAAAAAGGACUUUGGCGCACAAUUGACACCAAAGCAUAUUUAAUAUUUAUUAUGUGGAGCACAAGGAUGCAUUUUAAAUGUAGAUUAAAAUCAGCAUACAUCAAAUAUAAAGAUUGUCUUUUCAGUCCAAUAUGCAUUUUAUCAUUUUGUGUGUAGUUUUAAAUAUUUUAUGUUUCCAAAAUGGAGUCACAGGUGUUUUCAUUUAUGACUUCAUGACAAGUUGUAAAUAUUGUACAAAGAUUAUAUUGAGAUUAUUUUAAAAUGUACUAUAAAUCUAAUCUAUUGUACAAUUCCGACUAUUUAUUGCUAUUCUAAACUACUUUUUCACAAGUGUAGCAUUGGCCUGCAUGGAAGUGAUGAUGGAUGUGAAUACGAAAAAAAAAAUGGACAGUUUGCAUCGAUAUCAUUGUUUUGUAUUUUAUUAAAGAUGCUCUAUUUGA